GUGUCUCAGUGUAAGGCGGACACAGUGUGUGAGAGUGUGUGAGUGUGUGUGAGAGAGAAUGUGUGUUCACCAUGCCAGAAAACGCUGACGGUGAAGCGCGCGCGGUGUGUGCGUGAGGAUAAAACGGCUGGAGACACAUGGACUGCACGCGAGUUUACUGAGAAGCGCAUUGUGGGAAAAACGGUGGCAUCAUGUCGAGUGGGCGUGAGUCAGUGGGCGAUUUGAUUCCCCAGGACCUGCUGGAGGUUUUUGCCCAGGAGCGACAGAGUAAACGGGGCAGAAGAUCCCGCAGGCGAAACAGAAUUAUCCGAGCGUUCAGCUGGUUCAAUUUAAAGGGUCGGCGCAGAAAAAAUCUCUGUCAAAACAAAGACAUAAACAUCGACAUUCUCACCCCUGGAUUACCUGUGCCAAUCCCACAGCCUUCAACCAACACGGCCUCUGAAGUUGAAGAUAAGACGUCACGUCCUCUACAGCAAUUCCAAGAGAACGUGUUCAUUGAGGGAAAUCGACCGAAGUAUGUAGAGGAUCUGCACACGGAGGCUCAGGAGGGCCUGAAACUCCUACAGCAAGACGAAAACAGGAACGGGGUGGAUUAUCAGGAUGACCAGAGCGUCAUUUCGACAGUGACGGCUCGUACGGACGACGAUAUGAGCUUCAGUGAACUGGGGAUGUCCGAGUCUGAGAGCACCGCUGCUGAUACGAUCUCCACACGUUCCAUCACUUCCUAUCAGUCUUCACGUUCCGGACUCACACGCCAAGGCUCCACCUUCAGGCCACUGAAAGAGGACAAGAAACACGGGAAGAGCAAAUCGAAGGGGAAAAAGGCGGGCAUGGUCACAGGAAUACCAAGACAUGUACAGAGAGAACUGGGGCUUGACCGAGCCGCGUGGACAGCAUCUCAGUUCACUGAUGCUCAGCUGUCUAAUGGAGGUGUAAGCAUUUCCACCGUCAUUCCCACCCUGGAUAGCAUAUCCAUCGCCCCGGUCUCAGACGAGGCAAUUAAGUACCUGCAGAACAUGAACAGUCUUCAGGCUGAAGCGGAGGAUAAACCACCGCUUCCUCCACAGGCGGGACCGCAGGAUGACCUCUUUCUACUCCGGCACUUCUUAAACCAGUCGUUUGAUCCACAGAGGCAGAAUUCACUAGCUGUUCCGGGGAUGACCACGUCGGGCAUCUCUCCAUCCAAUCCGGUGAUGUACGUCUCCCCUGAGGCCACAUACAUGUCCAAGAUCAUCCCAAACGCCAUACUGCCUUCGUCUGUGGACGUGGUCGAGCUCAGCCGCAACAGGAGUCGCAGUAGCGUUCGCAUGGUGAGCAAGAGCAGCCUGGCAUCGGCCAGCCCAGCUCCAUCAAGAGCCUCGUCCCGGGCAUCCUCACGGUUCUCCUCACGAGCUCCAUCACUGAUGUCCUCACGGAUCUCUUCUCGGGCUUCCACCUGUCGGACCGCCACCCUCUCGGAGUGCUCCGGCUGGAGCCGCUCGGGGUCAUCUGAGACGCUGGUCUCGGAUUCGUCCACCAUUUCCAGCAGCAGCACUCCUCGUGUGGCCAGCAGGACAAAUCAGGCGGAGGACACAGAUGGACCUCCCAUGCGCAAAGGUAAUCCCGGUGCCCAAAAUACCCCGUUUAAGCCUGUGAAGAUGAACGGUAACGACCAAGGAGAGGAAGCUUGGAAGGAGUCUGGAUCCACAGGACCUUUUAAUCGCAACCUAUCAGUGAUGAAAAAGAGCAAGAAACCACCGCCUCCGCCAAGUCGUUCAUACUCGCUGCAUUCCCGUUCGUAUGCGAGAACCAUCGCUGAGCACAAAUCUCUGGAAAAUGGGUCUCAGAAAGUGGAAUCGCCCUACGGUGCCUAUUCAAGUCAGAAUGGCAACACAGCUGUUCCAUCUAAAGAGAACCUGACCAGCCAGAGAGCGAUGUUAGCAGAGCUACAGUUAAAGAAAGCCCUUCAAAUGCAUACAGGCAACAUGUCCUACGCAGACACUAACGGAAGGAGUCACCAGAAUAAUCUUAAGCAUUUCCUACCAUCUAUUAAAAGUCUAACUGCUAAUGGUGUGGUUGCUUCACCAGCUGUAAAGACUCUUAUGGCUCUCCUUGAUGUUCCAGAUCCUCCCAAAGUUCUAGCUCCACCUCCACCUCCUCCUGAGACAUGGGCACACAAUCAGCUCACCUUCGAACUACUGUGUGGACCUGGACCUGCCAACUUUGAGCGAUGGGCCCAAAAGAGAGGUCUGAAGUUUGAAAUUCCAAUCCAGAUGGCUCAGGGGGAAAUACCAGCGACAAGUCAAGCCAGAAACCUAAUGAAGGACGAUAUAGUAGCACCUGAAAUGCAAACGCAAGAAGCCAUGGCCUCAGACAAGCAAUCUAGGACUACUCCUACAAAGAUAUCCGUUAAUGUUCAUCCAGCUUUUGGCUACACUCUGCCUUUAACCGUGCUUACCCAUGUUCGUCCGUCCCCAUCUCCUUCACCACCUCCUGAACAUAUACCUCCCCUGCCCCCAACAGACCUUCUAAAAGAAGAUUCAUCCGCCCAGUGCCAAGGACCUUUUGAUGAGAUCAUGUGUCUCCCCCCACACCCUUUAUACCCACCACCUCCACCUCCUACAAACGUACAACCUCCACAUCCGCCAGGUGGGCAGGAUGAAACGGACCUCACAUCUCUCACCAUGCCACCUUCUCUAAGGUUUUUAUUAAAAGUACCCCCAGUGACACAGGAUGCACAGCCUUCAACAUUAGAGGAAGCUGCAUCUUCUCCACCACAGAAAAUCCCAUCUGCUCCACCAAUGGUCCCACCUGCACCACCAAUGGUCCCACCUGCACCACCAAUGGUCCCACCUGCUCCACCAAUGGUCCCACCUCCUCCAACAGCAGUGCCACCUCCUCCACCGGCAAUCCCACCUGCUCCACCACUGAUCCCUCCUUCUCCUAAGACAGUCCCUACUGCUCCAAAGCAAACCCCACCAGACAUAUCCUCAAAGCAAGCCCAAAUCACAUCCACACCGUUUACUGUUCCUCCACCGCCUCCGUUACCCGUAGAUCUCAAGAAAGAAGUCAAAACUAUCACAGUUGACAAACAGGAGAAACAGUCUUCUCCGCCAACCACCCAAACCGGUGCACGUACAGAGGAAAGUCCUACCCUGAUGGUCACACCGUCCUUAUUACAGAAAGUUCGUCUCAGGUCAAUCAAGAUCAAUGUGAGCCAAGCUGAAGCUCCUGGUGGACUUCCAAAACCAACGCAUCAGACCAAACCAAAGCCAAUGAGAAGAUCUCUGAUUUUGAGUACACCUGAUAUUCCCUCGCAAUCGGCUACAGAUCAGAAGAAUGACCCUCUUCCUGCUACCACCGUACAGGAGAACCAGGGCACUAAUCCACCAUCAGACACCCAACCCAAAGCUGAACCAAGGGGACUGUCUGGAAGUGCUGAACAGGUUUCACCAGGUGUAGAACCUGAACCCAACAGCCAAGUCAGCAUCACAGACCCAAAAACUCAACAAGCAAGCACUGAACCAGUCGAAGAGUCCGUGUCUGCUGAAUCACUACCCCAGAAUCCCAACAAAGCAGAACCUGAACCAAAGAUCACAGUGCAGGAUCUCCAAAAUGCAACACCUGAAUCAUCAACUAUGCUAACCCCUGCUGAACCAAAAGAUCAACCCGUUGAGGUAAAAGAAAUCCAAAAUGACUCCAGCAAAACAAAAGACAAAGAAAAUCCAUCACUGGUACAACCAGAGCAAGAUGUUAAACCUCCAAAGCCCGAGACUUUAAUACUCACACCUCCUAAAUUCAACCCUGCUCAAAAAGUGCCUCCAACUAGCAUUCCUUCAUCUUCCAUGUCCCUCCAGGACGCCAUUCGUCUGAAAACCGCCGCCAUGUCGUCUACAGACAACCAAGCCAAGCGUCUGAGUCUGCUGCUUUCUCCUCCGGUGUCCACAGGCGCCGUCUCACCGACAUCCACAGCAAACUUCAUCUUCUCCAAAAGCACAAAGAAGGUGGUGAUCGAAAAAUCUCCUUCAUCUCCAGAGUCCAAAUCAGAUCUGAGGAAGACCCUGGUGUACGAGUUGAAUUCUGUUUCUCAGACAUCCAGAGCCGCUACUGAUCCCGGGACCGGGAAUGCAAAAGCCAAAGUCCCGCCUCCAGUCGCUAAGAAGCCCAGUGCUAAGAGUGAAAAUAUUACCCAUAAUUCCUCAGAGAGUAAUGUGGACACUGAGCAUGUGCAGACUGCUGGUCAGUGAGCACAGCCAGAGGAAAGAAGCAGGUGAUGGACGAUCCGACAACUGGGACGCUGUAAUUCAUUCACCGUGACAUGAGCAGCCACAGCCACAAGGCGGCGCUCUUUAGCGUGUGUGGUGGACAGGAACCCGAAGUGACGAGGCUCUCUGAGAGAGAAAGGUCAUUGAAUGUUGAAGAAAUGGAGGAAAGAAUGAUGGGAAUAAAAUGAAAGACAAGUGAGGAAUGUUGAAGAAAAAAAAGAAUUAACGGAGGAAGGAAAACGGAUGAGAAAAACGUCGAGAAUGAAAAGAAAAGGACACGGAGAAAGGAAUGAGGAACACUUACCGUGAGAAAGUACGAACUUGUGAGCGUUCUGUAUUUGUAAAGCAGUAGAAAAGCUUUUGGGGGUGUGUUUAUUUCCGCAGAAGGUGUUGGUCUUUCUGACAUUAAGAGAAUUUAUGAUUAUGUAAAUACUUUGCUAUGUACAGUUCUAACUUUCUGCCCAGAACAAAUUUAAACAGGUCUAUUGACUGGACCUUCUUUAAUUAUGUUUGAUUUUAAUAUAUGACGUUUCUUUGUGCACUGUAUCUGGGGAAUCACUGAUUCAGGACUUCUAUCAUUUCCUUCGUUUCUGCUGUAUUAUUAAAACAUUUUGUCUAAGUUAUUGUUUAGAAAGAGCGAUGAUCCGAUGUUCACACAAACACGAGCUGUCUCCGGUCCAGCCUUGUGUACCCGCUUUCUCCUUCGCUUUGUGUCCUUGUUGUGUUGAUUUGUUUUCAUGUGUAUCCGAGAUAUAUUUACAGAAGCAGUAUAGCAUGCUUGAAAUGUUAUCAUGAACAACAGGCGUAUUUACGGAGCCUGAAAUCGCUUUCGUUUGAAGAGGAGUGUGUUCAUUUAAAAAAUUCUUCUUAAAAAGCACCUUAUAAUCACCGCUGACAUGCACGCUGGAUUCUAACCAGGUAUUUCUGCAAAACAUUAAACACAGUCUGAAGCACG